AUGAAAAAACAUUUUGCCAUGAAUCAUAAAGAUGAUUGGCAGGAAUAUGUUCAGACAGGAAAAUUCAAUAUCAGAUUAUCACGAUCGCGAAAUACUGGCAAGAAAGUUGUAAAGAAAGUUGUUAAGAAUCCUAUUGUAAGCAAUCAUGAUCAAGAGAUACUAUCUUCAGGAUUUGUAAAAGAAAAGAAAUUAUUAUCAAAAAAGAAUCUUAAAAUAUCUUCUGAUAUUGCCAAGAAGAAUGACUCUAAGCAAAUUGAUUUAGAUCAUAAGAUUAUAAACUAUUAUUUUAACCAGUAUGAUAUGAUUAGUAUAUUUCGCUAUAAUUUUUGUAAUGAGGUGGUCCAACCAGAGUUACUUAAUCGUGAUAGGCUAGAUAUAAAUAUUUAUAUUACCAUUAUUUGUAUUACUAUACAGAUUAUAAAUAAACCUAUGAAUUUAAGUUAUGCUUAUAAACAUUUUACAGAAUCAGGCAUGGGGUUUACUGCUAUAGAUAGUUCACAGAUUUCAUUUGUUUCGGCGCAUAUUGAUCAUGAAGAUUUUCAAGAAUAUAUCUGUAAACAAGAAACAACAAUUGGUAUAAAUUCGUUAAAUGUAAUAUUGACAAGUUCAACUAAUGGUAAUAGUACUAGGUACACAAUUAGGUUACUAGAUAUUGAUCAGGAACAUAUUACCAUUCCAGAAGUUGCAUACAAUGUAUUUGUCGAAAUAUCAUCUGAUGAGUUUAAACGAAUAUGCCAAGAUCAGAUGGUUGUUGGUGAUUCUGUAACAAUAAAUACUGAACGAGAAACAGGGGUUAUUAGGCUAAGUUCAGUGAAUGAAACUGGCGAUGAGUGUAUUACCACACUCAAAGAAAGUUCAGAUACCACAGAUGAUAAUAUCACAAUCACAAUCAGAGAUAACCGACCUCCAACUUCAACCGGUACUCUUGACUUUAUCAUCCAAAGUAAAACUCGUUAUGAUGCUUUCUACAAGACCGAACUUGACUCCCUUCUCACCUCUCUCGGUAUAAAAACACUCAUCAUUUAUGGCGUUAAAACAAAUUUAUGCUGCGAAACAACUGCCAGAAGUGAGUACUUAAGUUAA